AAAAAAGAGAGUUUACAGCUCAUGAUGAUGUCGUACAGUUGACACUCCCAAAACUUCCAAGAAAAGCAUCAGAUCCAAUCUUCCUCUCCCUCAAUCAUUUUCUCUAGCUAGAGAAAGAAAGUUAAGCUCAGUGAAGAAACCAAUGGCUAUAGAUGAUCGACCUCCCCUUAGCCGCAGAAUCCGUUUCCUUCUUCUCGCCUGGCUCCGCCGUACUCGCUCCGGUAGAAUAGAGUUUGUGAGAAGAUUCGGAUACAAGGAACUCGUGAAAGCAACAGAAGGUUUCCGUAAGGUUAUUUACACCAACUAUCACGGUUCUGCAUACACUGCCAAAUUCAAAGGUGGUGAGGUUGCUUUGGUCAAAGAACUCAAGUCUCUCGAUCUUGGACGUGAGAGGUUUUAUGAGGAAGUUCAGCUCUUGGGACGCUUACGUCACCGCCAUCUCCUCACGCUUCGCGGCUUUUGCACCGGACCCAAAAGGCUGCUAGUGUAUGACAAUAUUGAAAAUGGAAGCUUGAAAGAACAUCUCAAUGAUCCUCUGAAGACUCCUUUGAACUGGAAGACUCGUAUCCAAAUAGCCAUUGGGGUCGCAGCUGCAUUAGAAUAUCUGUUAAUCUUCAGCAGUAGUGAUGCACAGAUCUAUGAUGUUUCCGUGAACUCAUGUAACAUCAUGCUGGAUCAAAACUUCACCCCCAAAAUAACAGACAUCCGCAUCAACAGACACACACAAAGCCAUCCUAAAACAACCAAUGAUGCUUGCUCUGAAGGAUCAUGUGCGGAUGAAGAAUGUGGAAACGUGAUAUUCCAGCUAGGAGUGUUGAUGUUGGAACUGAUAACAGGACAAUCAUCAGACAGACAAGGCGAAGACUUGAUCGAAUGGGUACAACACUCUUGCAUUGCAAACUCCAUUGAUAAGAUGAUUGAUCCAGAUCUUGGCAACAGUUACAACUCUAGAGAACUUCAGAAAGUUCUAGCCGUGGCUCGACUCUGUAUUAAGUCGAGGUACGAGCCACCUUCCUUCUCAAUAACACAUGUAUACCGGUAUCUACAGAAGAAGAUCGAUGUUGCAUCAUAAAUAGUAGUUCUCUUCCAGAUGUAAUAAUAGCUUAAUAGAGUGGUAAGCAUUGUACUAGUCUUGUGUUGUUUCUUGAUAAAGCUUCAUCAGCAACCCUAUACAACUUAUGACAUAUAAAGCAUUCUCUAUUAACUAUAGCUAGAAAUUAUUUUGGUGAAAAACUCUUGAUUUUGCUCAUUGAAUUGCUGGAGGAGAGGACACAAUCUCAAGAACUAGAAAAGUUUAUUCAAAGAACAAAAACAAAAUUUGUAGCAAGAAUUUGGACAAAGUCUAUAAGAUCCAAAAAAUUAUAAAAAGAAAAUUAAAAAAGGCGCAAAUGUUGGAUAGCACUAAAAUGCGCAUGUAGAUCACUGCUGAGCACAUUGAACACCAUGACCACCGCCUGGGCCUUCUUCUUCAUCAUCGUCAUCAUAAGCCUCUCUUUGUGUUUGAGCCUUCCUUUUCAUCUCAGCUUCCAUGUUCACAUCAUGCAGCGUCGC